GCGUUUUCCAAGAAGAAGAAUGAGGGCCAUGGAGUCCUUGGAUCUUGCUUUGUUUUCAAGCCCUUUAAGAAGCAUGAGGGAAUCUUCUUCUGUUUUGAUGUCAAGGCGCACGGAGGCAUCUUCUGCGUCUGAGUUAUCAACUUGGCCGCAGGAUCCUCCGAUGAACAAUUGUGAUGUGUUCAUAAGUUUCAGCAAAAGGGACAGCCAGGGAGAUUUCGCUUCUUAUUUGGAUAAGGCCCUGACUAAUGUUGGCCUCAUAACUACGAUUGACCAUAGCUUUGGAGAUGAACUCCAUCAAACGCUAGAGAAUAUAAUCCAAAAUUCAAGGUGUUGGAUCGUCGUUCUAUCAAAAGACUACGCCGCUGAGCGGCGGCUGAGAGUGUUGGCCAAGAUUAUGGAUUGUGUGGCUGAGACGACGCGACAAGUCAUUCCCGUGUUUUAUCGCGUGGAUCGUUCUCAUGUUCGAGAUCAGUCGGGGGUUUUCGAGAAAAGUUUUGAUCGAUAUGAAGCACGUGCUUUGGUAGCUGAAGAAAAGCAGAUCCAACCAUGGAGAGCUGCUCUGACAAAAAUCAGUAAUUUGCCUGGAGUAAUUGUGACCAAAGGAAGGAGCUGUAAGAUACUUUUCGGGCAGAUCAAACUAGGCGACCGACUCGAGUCGACUAACGCAGGUUGAAAAAACCUAGGCCAAUUAAGUGAAGACCAAGCCAGCUAGGCCAAUCAAUCUGACAAGUGAAAAGCAUGGGCCCGACAACCAUCUUAAGGCAUCACAGGCCUGACAACCUUGAGACGACCAUCCUAAUUACCAACUUUGGCUGACCAACUCGGUGUCAACCAUCCAAUGCCAUCCGAUUUGGUCGACCAACUUGGACCGACCACCUCUAGUCGACUAAUUCGAGUUGACCAACCUAGGCGACCAACUCGGGUCGACCACCAUAGGUUGACUAGUCCAAGCCAACAAACCCUAGUUGACAACUUCAAGCUGACAAGCCUAG